AAUCGAACUUUUGAACCUUGAGCAUCCAAUAUCUCAGACUCCGUGCGAGAUAAAUUUGUGAUUUUUUGUGUGAUAGUGAGCACUAACUAGAGACGUCUAACCUGAAAAAUUCAUAAAGAUAACUUGAGAGGAACUGGAGUUAUUAAACUUUUACAUCUAGGGAAUACAACGGUACAAUAAUUUUACAAUUCACUCAUAUAUACAAAAAUAUCUAAUUGACGUAAAAUAUUGUUUUCUUGUUUCAAAUUUUUAUGUUAUUGGUUUAUGUAAUAAUAAGAAUAAAGGUUUUAAUUUUGAUACAUUAAGAAAGUCAUUGUAUUUUAUUUUAUUUUAUUGAAUGCAAUUUAUUAAGAAUACUAUUUAACGUUUUAAUUAGAAUAAAAGAAAGAGAUAUUGAAUCUUAAUAGAAAAACUAGUUUUGAAAUGAAAUCAAUCGUAGACCUUUGGAAAGAAGGAUAUCAAUAAAAAGAAUUGAAUUUUAUUGUAUGUUUAUUUACUGAAAAGAAAAAAACAAAAAUGUGAGAAUAUCAGAAGUUGUUUUUUGGUCUUGAAGAACAUGAAACAAAUACAGAUUGAAAUAUUUAUAAGAAUAUAUACAUAAUUUCUAGCAGAAAUGUGCAGAAUAGUAUUAGUCUAUUCUCAAUCUCGAGAAAAUUAUUUCUUCUUUUUCUUUCAUAUUUUCUUCAAUGUAUUUUUCAUCUUUAGUUUCAAGUCAUCGAAAUUAUUUUUAUGCUAUUGAAUAUUAUUGUGUAUAGAUUUAUCUUAACGAUAAUAGUUAACGUUUCAUGUAUUAAGUCGACAGAUACAAGAAACAAAAGACGGAUAUUUAUUAUUAAGAUUAAUAUUAACUCUUUGAUUAUAUAUGGAUGAAUUGCAUUUCGUUUGUACAAUUCAAAAAGAAAAAAAAUCGAAAAAAACAAUGUGUUCACAUAAAGAAAAACUUGUUUUCCAUAUACUUUACUCAAAAAUACAGUCGCUUUUGCAAUACCAUAAAAAUGAAUAGUUCUAUAGCUAUAUACCUUAUCACAGUAUUCGACCAAAAUAUUUUGUUACUUUUGUAUCAUUAGAUGCGCCUACCUAUGGUGAAUCGAAUAAUGUAUAAUAAGAUCAUGAUCGAUUUGUGUUCACUACAAGUAAGAAACAGAAAGAAAAGAAAAAAAGUAAAAAUUUCAUACAAAACAGUCAUCUCAAUUAAGAGAUAUUCAAGUCACAAAAUUCAAAAUAUGACGAGACAAAGUGAGUAUAUAUAAGAUUUUCUCAAAAUUUGUCUGCCCACACCUAUUCAAGAUCUUAACAUAGUUUGCAGUUUAUUUUCAGAAAAGUUGUUCCUACCCAUCAUCUUCAUUCUAAAACCACUCCAAGUUCGUCAACAUAUUUUUAUCAAGAGAAAAUCUUAUUUUAAGAUAAUAGCACACAAAAAAAAAGACAAAAUGUCUGUCAAAUUGGUAUUUAUCGUAUAUUUAUUAAAGAGAGCUUUUUUUAAAGAAAACAAAACUCACAUAUUAAUUCACUGCACUUUUUUAUAUCUAUCUGCAUUGAAGAAAACGCGAAAAGAAACUUUUCUUAAUUGAAAAAAUUUUGUCUUCUAUGAGAAAUGAUGACAUUUUUUGCUUUUUCUUCACCUCCAACAAGCAUAAUUCGGAAUGGGAAUAAUGUAGACUAUUGAAAUUUUUGGAAGUGUACGAAGUUGCUGAGAGGAAUAUUCUAUGAAAUUUUCAGGUCAAUUGGAACAAUUCAUCCAUAUAAAUGCGUCAUGAAUUUAAUUAUCCUUUGAGCUAAUGCAAUCACUUAUAAUGUACGUUUAUUAGAUGCAUUUGAGUUAAUGCCAAAGUCAAGUAAAAGGAGCUUUCUACAUCAUCAUUUUGUUACGGUUCAUUCUAAACUCUUGCAGUAAGAAAUACAAACAUGUGUGGUAUACAAUCAUUCUAUUUUACGUAUAUUUAUCUUUUGUUGGUAACUAAAGAGUAAAACAAGAAGUCGUAACAAGAAUUACAAAUAGAAAAGAUGAAAUUUAUUCGACAUUUUCUUUAUCAGUAGAGCCUUUGAAAAUGUACAAUCUAUUUCAUUCUUUUUUUUAAUGUAUGAGAUUUAGAUAUUGCGGGCACUUUUUAUGUAUAUUAUACGAACCAACUAUAUAUAUAUGCUAAUUGUAAGUUACAAAAGUACAUCAUACUUGAGAACGUUUUAUUUUGUCGUUAUAGUCAAUGCACAUGAUCUUGAGAAUUAAAAACAAGGCGAAGCGUAUAUUUUAUUCUACAUUCUAGAUAAUAUCAUGAGUUAUCAAAUAUUCCUUAUUGGUACUAGUGUUGAAAGUAUUUAUGCGUGUAAUCUUACAUCAAGUGGAUAAUUACAAUUACCUAAUGAAAUUAAAUGUGAAAAAGGUUCAUCGUGACUUUUAGCACAUAAUGAUUUACUUUAUGUUGUUAAUGAACAUAUUGAUAAAAUAGAUAUAUUUAUAAUUGAUGAUCAUCAUAUUCAAGGUAAAUUAACAUUAGAAAAAUACAAGAUCAUCAAUAGGAAAUACACUAUGUUCAUUCAAUAUUGACUCAACAGAAAAUAGCUUAUCGUAGCUACGUAAUUAUUAUCAAUAAAUGAACAAAAAACAAACCAUAUAUGAAUUAUUGAUUUCAUAUAUUUUAGUUCUGGUUAUCAAGAUACAUCGAAUCUUGUUCUUUUUCCAUUAAAUAAUUCAAAUCCUGAUUGUCAAGGACAUUCAUAUUGUUAUGAAGGUUAUUAA